GUUUUUUUGUGGGACCUGGCAAUUUUUAAAUGACCUCUGUGCUGGAUAACUGUGACUAUCUGGCAACACUGCCCUUGUGGCAUUAAGGUUUCUCCAGUUGCUGCCUAGUGAAGCCACCAGAGAGCGAAAUUAGAACCUUUAUCUACUGAUGAAGCAGCUGGUGCACCCAGGUGAAAUUAAUUAAGCGGCCCUCUGCCCCUGCCAGGGUGAAAAAGAUGAAUCCGUGGAUCCAAUAGUUUGUUAAGUCAGGGAGAAGAUUGUUUUAAUUUGCACCAAGUUUUUGGUGUGUCUAAGACUUCUUCAAAAGUCUGUUUUUUUUAACUCAUUUCUCAUAGGAAAGCUCUAAAACACCGGAAGUCACGUCUGUCGCAGACUGAACUCCGUCUGUGAGCUCAAAACAUUUAAGAAUGAACGAAAGUAGAAGAAAAAGCCCCCCCAUGUUCCUCCUCCAGCUGAGCUCCUGCACCCCCCCCCUCAGAGCUUUGCCCUCCUUCUGCUGGACUCGUUCUAGGAGCAACGCCGCCUCCUCCCACCUCCCUUAUUUCCUCCCCACUCCCCCCCACCCAUGGCCUCCCCCUCCCAUCUCAAGGCAUGGUCUUCCUCCCCGCCCCGUCCUCGGCUUUAGGACGGCCCCCCCUGUGAGCAUCAGUGCUGCGUUCCUCCUGGGGGGCAGCUGCUCCUCCUUCCACACAUCUGCUGGCAGCAUGGAGUUCCCAGGCCGAGACCCCCCAAGGAAACGGAUACGGACUGAGGAGCAGAGACGAGGCUCCGGCCCCCCCCCCAGAGGACCAGCAGGAGGACGGAACCAGGAGUCCAGCAGAGACCAGUGUGCUGGUCUGGACCUGAGGGGGAGCAGAACUCCUCCACCGAAGGCCUACCCCAGCGCUGGGGGCCUGGUGGGGGGGCAGAGGAGUGGCGUUGGACCAGCAGGACCGUGGAGGCACAGAGUUCUCCAGCGAUACUGGGAGUCCUGCAGUUCCGAGCCUCCACCACUGGGGGGCAGCACAGCCUUCCACUUCACUGUCAUGUCCUACAACAUCCUGUCCCAGCAGCUGCUGGAGGACAACGCCUUCCUGUACCGCCACUGCCCCCCCGCCGUCCUGUCCUGGGACCACCGGCUCCCCAACCUGCUGUCUGAGAUCCAGCACCUCCAUCCGGAUGUUCUGUGUCUUCAGGAGGUUCAGGAGGAUCACUAUGACAACCAGAUCAAAGCUGCUCUGCAGGCCCUGGGGUACCGGUGUGAGUACAAGAAGAGGACGGGACAGAAGCCGGACGGUUGUGCCGUCGCCUUCAAGGCGUCCCGCUUCCACCUCCUGUCCUCCAACCCGGUGGAGUUCUUCCGCGCCGGUGACCCCCUCCUGGACCGGGACAACGUGGGGCUGGUGGUGCUGCUCCAGCCCGCCGAUGGGCGGAGCGGGUCGCCCCCCAUCUGCGUGGCCAACACCCACCUGCUCUACAACCCGAAGCGCGGCGACAUCAAGCUGACUCAGCUCGCCAUCCUGCUGGCUGAGGUGCAGCGGCUGUCCCGCCUCCCCGAUGGCUCCGCCUGCCCAGUCCUGCUGUGCGGGGACUUAAACUCCGCCCCCUGGAGUCCGCUCUACACGUUUCUGACCAGAGGCUGCCUGGAGUACCAGGGGAUGCAGAUUGGCAUGGUGUCGGGUCAGGAGCCCUCCCCCCGGGGUCAGCGUCUCCUUCCGUUGCCCCUCUGGCCCCCCACUCUGGGCAUCAGCCAUCGGUGCCGGUAUGAAGCGGCGUCCUCAGGUGAGUCUGACCCGGGUCAUGUGACCUGCGGCGUGUCGCCUCACGGAGGUGAAGCAGACGGUCGUGGCUCAUCUGUUGAAGAGGCGAUCUGUGACCUCGCCGUGGAGGAUCCGGGCGGCGGAUCCGUCCCUGAGUCGGGUCUGAAAAGGGUCAGAACCGGGACUCGGGACCGUUUGGGCGGGUCCAGGAUCGAACACGGCCUGAAGCUGCGGUCGUCCUACCGACACCUGCAGCCUGACGGCCGGCCGGAGAUCACCACCUUCCACUCGCGCACCGCCUUAACGGUGGAUUACAUCCUCUACAGCCCUGUUUUCACGGAUGCCACGCCUCCACGGCCCAGUGGGCGUGGCCUCCAGCUGAUGGGCAGGCUGUCAUUGGUGGGUCAGGAGGAGCUGGAGGAGGUGAACGGGCUGCCCAAUCAGUACCUGUCCUCUGACCAUCUUCCACUCCUGGCCCGGUUCCGCCUCCUUCACUGAAGAAUCGUGAACUCGGGUUCUGAUGGUGAAGGUCUCUGCAGCUGAGUUCUAAAGCAGGACAGCGGGUUCCGACCCGGUUCUGUUUAGUCUGACAUGAACAGAUAUGGGCUCUUUAUACGUUUUCAUCACUUUCAGAAGAGGACCCGCUUCCAGACGUUUGUAAAUAAAGAAGCUUUUAUUUUGAA